AUGACACAAUUAUAUAAAAUUUUGCCUUUGAUGGCAGUGUUGGCCUUUGUCCUGAUUGCCCAACAGAUUGAUGCCAAAUGUGAUACAUGUGGCAGCAACGGUAUUGCCUGUAUCAAUGAAACAUCGUUCCACAUGUGUUAUGGCUCUCUUCCGGAUACCAGUAGUGUUCUAACUUGCCCCGAAGGACGCAUCUGCGUACGUAACGGCUUGAAGUGUGUUGUACCUGGUACUGGUGCCGAGCCUGAUUGCAUUCGUGAGAAGAGCUGUGGGGAAUGCGAUGGCUCAAAGUUAUUUACCUGUACUAGUCGCAGGACAUACGCCAUGUGCAAUGGAACGAAAAUUGUCGAAAACGGAGGUGGAGUAUGCCCGAAAAAUUUAAUUUGCAAUUCGUCCGGUAGAGAAAUGUGCGUUACUGAAUGUGAUUUAAAUGGAGCAAUUGAAUGUGAUCGUGAUCCAUAG